CGCACACAGCACACUGCACACCAACACCAACACCAACACGAAGCGUCGAGAACGGAGAGCGCGUGACACUGACAGCGAGAGCGGGACGGGGCAGCGAGAGAGCUAGGGAUAACCCACACCCACCAACACCAUGGCGACGCCCGGCGAGCAGCAGCAGGCGCCGGCCGCGGCGGCGGCGGAGGAGGUCGUGUCCGUCGAGAUGCCCGCGCCCGACGGGUGGACCAAGAAGUUUACUCCCCAGAGUGGGGGAAGAUCUGAGGUUAUUUUUGUUUCACCAACUGGUGAGGAAAUUAAGAACAAGAGGCAACUAAGCCAAUACCUGAAGGCACACCCUGGAGGCCCUGCUGCUUCAGAGUUUGAUUGGGGAAGUGGUUAUACCCCAAGGCGUUCUGCUCGCAUUAGCGAGAAAGUCAAGGUAUUUGAUAGCCCAGAGGGCGAGAAGAUCCCAAAACGCAGCAGAAACUCAAGUGGUAGGAAGGGUAGGCCGGGGAAGAAGGAAGCCACUGAAACUGAAGAAGCCAAAGAUGCUGAAACUGGCAAGGAGGCAGAGGAGGUCCCUAGUGAAGAUGCUGCAAAGGAGACUGAUGUGGAGAUGAAGCCUGCUGAAGAGGCGAAGGAAGGUCCUGCUGAAACUGAAGAUACUGAGAAGGCUGCAGACAAGGCUAAUGACGCUCCUGCUCCAGCACCAAUGGAAGAAGAUAAGAAAGAAACUGCGAAACCAGCUGAAUCUGCUGUAGCUCCUGCGCCAACAGAGGAGAAGAAAGAAGAUGCCAAGCCAGCUGAGCCUAAAGCUGUAGCACCAGCUCCAGUAAGCAACCCAGCUGAGCCUGCUGCUGUUCCUGCUCCAGUGCCUGAGACCAAACCAGACGCCGAGCCUGCUGCUGUUGCUGCUCCAGCGCCUGAGACCAAACCAGACACCGAGCCUGCUGCUGUUGCUGCUCCAGCACCUGAAACCAAACCAGAUGCCGAGCCUGCUGCUGUUGCUGCUCCAGCGCCUGAAACCAAAUCAGAUGCUGCUGCUACUGAUCCAGCUCCUGGAACCAAGGCAGAUGCUGCUGCCGCAGAUCCAGCACCUGGAGCCAAGGCAGACGCUGCUGCUCCAGUAGAGAACUCUGCCGACAAAGGUGGAAGCCAGGAGAGCCAGCCCGUGCACAACGGGCAGCUGCCGCACUCAACGGUGAAGUGCAUCUGAAGCCGGAAACCGGAAGCCUGAACCCCUUCCGGCACCCGUGUAUCUCAUUUAGGAACAAAUAUUUGCAUUUGCAUUCGCAUUGUAAUCAGUUAAAAAAGUCGAUGGAUCGGUAAGCAUGUUAAUUAGUCAGUCUGACGCUGCUGGGUGACAGGUCGGUAAUUAGGCUCUGCAUUUUAGCUUGUUCUGUAUGGCUGGUGUCGCCGCCCUACAUGUAUCCACCAUAUCUUCUUGGUUGUACUGUACCUAACUCUGCGUAAGCAUAUUAAUCUUAGGCCAUGUAUACUCCGCUGUAAUGUCUGUAUCUGUCUGUGCUUUGUGUAUUGUGAAACUUGCAUAACUAGUUGCAUGUUAUGAAAAUAAAGACUGGCUGGGUAUGUAUGGAUGCGGGAUAGUGUACCGCACCAAUAAACCCAGCCACGAACAGCAGGGAACCUGAUGCUAUUUGUUGAUGUGAUA